AGUUGGAACUGCUCUGCUCAAGCUUUCCACAAGCUAUGACUGUGGGCUAGCUGAGUGCUCCGAUGUCGCAGAAGAGCAGGUUUUCCUCUGCCACGGCAGAGGCGCAAGGCCGUGCCCUGAAUGCCAAGAAGAAGUGGCAGAGCGCCAGCAAGAAAGCCACGCCGCAUCCCUCCAUCACGAACUUGGUACCUCAGAUCCUGACCGAGGCCGCCCCCGGCGUCAGCGUGGCCGCUCGGAGGGCCAUCUUCAACCAUGCCCGGAUCUUCCUGCGGAAGAACAGCCAGGAUGGGAAGAUGCGCCUGAUCAGGUCAGUGGUUCAUGGGGCAAAAGCUCAUGGCCAUGAAAGACACACCGUGUGCUCGAUGCAAGAGCAUGCUUCAGAGCAGCAGGAGCGCGAAAGAGCGAAGGAGCAAGCGGAGAAAGCGCUGCAGGAGGAGCAGAAGGCACAGGACACGCAGAAGGAGGAGGAGGAUGAGGAGGAGGUGCCUACUAUCAACAGCACCUUGAGAUCUGUGGAGUUUUUGCAGCAGCACGUGAGCCAGCUGCAAGAGCUUUCCAUGGGCUAUCAGGAGGAUACGGUCGUCCACAGGGCCCUAGCCACCGCCAGGCAUUGUGUGAGUGUCCUGGCAGAUCUGCAGGCUGCUGCCAGCGCCGACGUGGACGUCUUGAGGGAGGUGAAUGAGAGCCGAGAGAAGUGGCAGGUUCCUCAGCAGCUGCUGCAGGAUUUGCAGGCCAGCCUGGUCGCCAUGCGUUCGGCGCUGCAAAGCAAGCCGGGCAGUUCGAAUCUGGAGGCCGCGUUCCAGGAGUUUGUGGAGGGCGUCCGCCUUCAGAUCUCAGAGCUGGACCUGGGGAAGGCCGCGCCUUCAGCAGAGGUUCCGGCCGAGACCAGCGACGAGAAUGGCCAGGCCGAGCCGUUGGAGCCGUUGGAGCCUUUCGAGCCUUUAGAGCCUUUAGAGCCUUCAGAGGCGUUGGAGCCUUCAGAGCCUUCCGAGCUCAGCUCGGAGCCUGGGCCUUUGGAACCUCGAAAACCUUCGAAGCCUUUGGCGCCGCUAAGGGUGCCUCUGCAACCUUCGGAGACUUUGGAGUCCCCUUCCCAGACGGCUUCGGCGACGUCGCCCGAGCCUUCGGCUGGCGAGGCCCCCCCCGCGGUGACCCUUUCGCUGUCGGAGACCGGUGUCAGGACGCCGGAGCCAGCACGUCCCGCGGACGUGGGCGACGUGGACGUGCCAAGAGUGGAAGCAUCGGAGAAUUGCAUGGAGGACACCGAAUUUGACCAGGAGUUGGCCCCAGAAGUUCCAAAGCAAGGGCAACCUGGCCAGUCGUUGCGCAGAUUGCUCAACACCCCUGGAGAUGCAGGCGCAGAUGCGCGUGCAGAUGCAGGCGCAGAUGCAGGCACAGAUGCAGGCGCAGAUGCAGGCACACAGAGGGAUGCAAGUCAAUUGCAUGAUCAAAUGUCAAGGUGUGAUAGUGUGGAUGGCUUUGGUGAGGAUGAGGCUGGAUGUCAGGUGGAAGUGGCCGCCGCAGCCGUUUUGGCCAAGGAAGAGUGCAAGCAAGCAUUCAAAGAGGCGAAGGCAAGUAAGGCAGCCAAAGGCAAAGGGAAGAGGUUGAAGGAUCCCAAGCCGGAGAAAAGCUGGCACCUCGUGUCGCCUGAGAUCAAGCUCCCGCCUCUUUGGCCGCUGAAUCGCAAAGACACACCGGACUUGGACUGGAAGGUGGAAGACCUCAACAACGCGGAGCUCGACUUGUUGAACUCCAUCCUAGACGAAGGAAACGGGAAAAGUGGGAGAAGCGAACGGGAUGUGGCUUACGACACGGUGAAGGAAAGGUUGUGGAAGCAGGUCUUCUUCGAAGAGUCACCUAAGCGAAUUCCACUGCCCCCGCUGCCAAAAUCGUCGGUCUCCCGGUCCCCAAAGUCCUUUCGCUCCCUGUCCAAGCCCACUCCCUUGGCGAGCCUUGUUGACUUGCCUACCCGUGCUCGGUCAAGGCAAGUGUUUGACCCUUGACGAACAGAAGUUUUAACAACUUUUUCUAGAGACGUUUUUUGUUCAGCCUGCCAGGGUAGUUUGAACACAUAGCCAGGUGCCGUCAGCCAUAGCCUGAUGCUGUCAGCCAAGCUGCAGUUUGCAUCAGCUAUGUACCGGCUCGUAGCUACGCGCUCUUGCGCGUGAAGCUCACAAAAUCUUUAUUUGGACUUGGCGACGCCAUCUCUGGUGGUCUUCCGACGCAGACCAGUCAGGUCGCGAGUUAGUUUGGACUCGCUGGAAAAA